CGGCGACAUCAGCGUCCUCCUGCUACUGACUCACCGUAAGCCCGUUGACUCCACCUGUCCCCUGGAGCCUUUCUUACUGCAUUCUAUUCCAGUCACUCUUUCUCUUUACAUCCCGUUCCUGUAUCAUCUUGAUGGUAUUUGGUUUCCACACCUUGUCCCGCAGGAUUCUCACUAGCCACCCCCCACGCCUACACUCCAAGACCAACUUCAACACACGACCAUAUCAACUGCUUUUGGUGGCCAGCAUGGCAACACCAGCCCGAACGCAGCCCCCGUGGAAGGAGCCGCAGCAAUCGAGUGCAGCAAAGUUGAAAGUCUGGAACUCGUUAACACGGUCUAAGAACGAUUUUGUCCCCAUCGAUCCAGAAGGCAAAGUCGUCAAAUGGUACAGCUGCGGGCCGACUGUAUACGAUGAUGCGCAUCUUGGCCAUGCGCGGAAUUACGUGACCAUCGACAUUCUACGAAGGGUCUUGGCAGGGUACUUCGGAUACAACCUUCAAUUCGUGCAGAAUAUCACCGAUGUGGACGACAAGAUUAUUCUGCGGGGACGCCAGCAACAUCUCCUGGCCAAGUUCAAAGCCGAGAACCCGACGGUUACAGACGAAGUAGUCACAACCACCAUCCAGGCCUUUGAUGCAUACGUCAAGAAGAAUCUCCCGUUACUGAGCUCUGAGGUCAACAUAGGGACCUUCAACCAGGAGUCCUCAGACAAGUACGCCAAUGUCGUUCAGGGCAAGUCGAUAGAUGGUGUUACGCCGCCAGGGGACAAGGAAGCGAAGGUCAAGAUGCACUUGCGCACAGCCAGCAUGGCGGUAACGUCGUUACUAGCACCCUCCAAAUCAACACCAGAAGAUGUCGAGGUAUUCUAUGCUGGCGCUGAAGACGUGCUCCUGCCAUAUCUUGACUCGUUGUACGGCUCGUCGAUAGAUGCCAGCGAUCACACCGUCUUCACUAAGCUCACCCAAAAGUACGAGGCGCGCUUUAACGAAGAUAUGCGCAGUCUCAAUGUCUUAGAUCCUAAUGUAGUCACUCGUGUCACUGAGUAUGGCGACCAAAUUGUAACAUUCGUGGAGAAGAUUGUCGACAAUGGUUUCGCAUACAAGACCUCGGACGGAUCGGUUUACUUCGACAUUGACAGUUUCGAGAAAGUGCCUGGCAAUCACUAUGCUCGCCUGGAACCCUGGAACCGCGGGGACAAGGGUCUGCAGGCGGACGGAGAAGGAGCGUUAUCGACUCAAAAGACGUCUGAAAAGCGCGGCGACGCCGACUUUGCACUAUGGAAAUCAAGUAAACCAGGCGAGCCUGCCUGGAAAUCGCCUUGGGGUCCUGGUCGGCCGGGUUGGCAUAUUGAGUGCUCUGUUAUGGCGAGUGAUGUCUUGGGAGAGCAGAUGGAUAUUCACUCGGGUGGUAUUGAUCUGUGCUUCCCGCACCACGACAACGAGCUCGCACAGUCAGAAGCGCAUUGGUCACAAAAGGAGGGUGGCCAUCAAUGGGUCAACUACUUCCUGCACAUGGGCCAUCUCUCGAUAUCGGGUAGCAAGAUGUCAAAGAGUCUCAAGAACUUCACAACAAUCCGCGAAGCAUUAGGGCGCGGAGAUUGGAACGCUCGAAGUCUGCGCAUAAUCUUCCUUCUUGGUGGCUGGCAUGACGGCAUCGAGAUCACAGAUGAUUUGCGGAAGCAAGGCUCAUCAUGGGAGAGCUAUGUUACGAACUUCUUCUAUAAGGUUCGCGACCUCGAGGUGCAUCCGAACAUCAGCUCCACCGGCGCGGAGGAUGAGAAGGUUCAGAAGGCGUUUGAAAGUGCGAAAGAGAAGACUCAUAACGCCCUAGCUGACUCUUUCGACACACCCACCGCCAUGCGUGCCAUAUCUGGGCUGAUAACAGACUACAACUCUGCGGACAAAGCUGGGUUGUCAGAUGGUGUCUCCUUCGACGUCGCGCGAUGGAUCACACGCAUGGUUCGCAUAUUCGGUCUAGAUGGCUCCGCAGAUCCCUAUGACGGUGGAAUUGCCUGGGCUGGCAUCGACAUCCCCUCGGCAGCCAAGGAGUUUGUCUAUGCCGUGUCGCGUGAGCGUGACGAGGUACGACAACACGCCAUCGCAGGCGAUCUCUCAGGCGAAGUCCUGCAGUCUAUCAUAGCACAACACCAGCCGUCGCAGAAGCAGGAUUUAGCUUCAGUGCCAUUCGCUGAAGUACUAUCCACCUUCCAGGAUAGCCUCCAAAGCCUUGCAAGUAAGCAAGCACCCUCGAAGGACUACCUUGCCCUCUGUGACCAGCUCCGCGACACGCACCUCUGGGAUCUCGGCAUCUACCUCGAAGACCGGGAAAACGCACCCGCAAUGGUCCGUCCCGUCGACGCCGAGCUACAAGCCGCGCGCGACCAGAAAGAGGCCAUUGCUCGUCAAAAGGCCGAAGCGAAACUCAAGCGUGAGCGCGAGGAAGCGGAGAAGAAGGCCAAGCUGGCGGAACAGGCGAAGAUCAAUCCAAAGGACAUGUUCAGGACGGACGAAUAUAGUGCGUGGGAUGAUGAGGGUUUGCCGACUAAGGAUAAGGAGGGCGGAGAUGUACCGAAGGGGAGAACGAAGAAGUUGAAGAAGGAGUGGGAAAAGCAGAAGAAGCUAUUUGAGGAGCAUGUGAAGGGCGCCAGUGCUUCGUGAAGUAAGAGAAGAUAGAUUCUACUCUUUUGCGACCGAGCGGUGCCUAUGUUAGUGACUUCUAAGCGUUGCAUACAACGAUUUACUCAAUUUCAAUUACCUUAAGUCCUGUCACAGUCCCCC